AUGGCGCUAAAUAUCUGCCAAUGGAAUGUUGAGGGAAUACAAUCUGUGUUAAAGGUUAUACCGCCUUCAGACUUUCAAGAGUUUGAUAUUGUAUUCCUCUCGGAAACCUUUGCCACAUCACCCUUUGAUGUGGAGGGAUUUUAUAGCUUUCAUUGCUGCGCUCAGUCAUCUAUUCGGGGUCGUCCAACAGGAGGCGUCACGGUUCUGUUGGGACCUAAGUUGGCGGGUGCGAAGCUCCUGCUAGCAGAAGAUAACGUAGUCGUACUAAAACAUGAAGGAUUAACAUUGAUUGCAGUAUACAGUAGCAGCGAUCCAUACUCGGGAGAUUCAACGGAUCAAUUAAUAGAGAAAUUAACGCAUGCAAUUUCUCUUUCAGAUGAAGAUGAUGUCAUCGUCCUCGGGGGGGACUUUAAUUGUAGGAUUGAUAUUGCUCCCACUGAACGCUGUUCAGAAUUUCUUGAAACACUGCGGGACUGUCAUAUGUGGGUUUGCAACCCAUCCGAUCAGCCCACCUUUUUUAGUGAUCGUACUGGUCCUGUUAUCAACGCCGCUAAGAGGUCUGGCUCCUCGACGAUAGAUCUCUUCGCAACGACAGCGGCAAAGACAGACGUCCUUUUUCAAGGAUACGUCCCCAGUAUGAUUUCUUCCGGAUUCAAGAAACACGUCCCUAUAGCAAUGAUCAUCUAUGUGGAGCAAUCCUCCUCAGCAGCGCGACCGCGCAAGAGACCUCUCGGGAAAAAGAUUGACAAACAGCAGAUGGGCCGAUUAUUACGUCAGUUUCAUCCCCUUGCCUUGGAGACUCUGGACCCUGAUCAAAUGAAUUCUGAGGUUUGUCGCCUACUUUCCACCUCGAUAAGAUGGCAGGCACCCCGGAGUAAACGUCGAUCUGCGCCAUGGUUCGAUCGUCAGUGCUAUGUGGCACAUCGCGACCUCAUGCGUUUACUUUGGGCCAAAAGACGUAAUCCGGCUAUUAUAACCAAAUACCGCGAGAGCCGCAAGUUAUACCGUCGUUUAUUACUCGAAAAACAGCAAAGACAUGCAGAAGAAGUUGAGAAGAAGUUAUUAUUUGAAGCGGAGAAACGACCAUAUAUUGCAGGGCGCUCCCCAACUUCCUUCAAGAGCUGUCCCAUUCCAGCUGAUGAAAUGAAGUCUUAUUUGCAGGAGCUACUAGCCGAACACGACACCAUACCUAAUGAAGUCCCUCCAACACAAGCCCCGGAUUCGGAAUGGAAACGUGAGUUCAGCGAAGCACUCGACUGCCCCUUCACCGUCACGGAGGUUAGCACAGUCAUUCAAGGACUGAAAACCCGCAAGGCGGUCGGAGUGGACCAGAUUUGUAAUGAACAUUUGCAGCAGGCCUCCUUACUUGUUCCGACUAUUACGGCACUUUUCAACAAGUGCUUCGACGCAGGAAGAAUUCCAAACGCUUGGAGGACUUGUGUUCUGAAGAUGAUCCCCAAGGAUAAAGGCGACAUCCUCUCGCCAUCCUCAUGGAGGGGGAUCUCUAAGAAAAGCUGCCUGUACAAAACCUUUUCUGCCGUGCUGACACAGAGACUUAGUCUCUUCUUGGAGCUCACUGGAAUCAUUCCACAAGAACAGCACGGUUUUCGUCAACAUAGAUCAACGUCAACGGCGUGUCAAAAGCUUCUUGAGGACGUUAACGGCCAUUUGCAGUUCAAGGGCCGUUUUGUUCAUGCUGUCUUUGUCGACUUUAAGGCUGCUUUCGAUAAAGCGCCGAGGUCAAUUAUCCUCAGAAAGCUAGCGGCAGCCUCCGUAGGUCAGAAAACACUCCGUCUUCUAAGGGACUUGCUGCAGGUCAAUUUCGUUUCACUAGACGACGGCGUUUGUGAACACCCCCCUUUUGAACAAACAACGGGUGUUUCACAGGGUGACAACAUUAGCCCGUUGCUCUUCAGCCUCCUUAUCAGUGAUCUCCCUGCACUCAUCAAAGAUCGGCAUGAAAACGUAAAGAUUUUGCUCUACGCAGAUGAUGUUGUGAUGUACUGUAGAGUACGCACGGAUCUACAGGCAGCCAUGAAGACCCUAGAAGAGUACUGCGGAUUAAAUGGACUAGUCAUUAAUGUGGGGAAAACAAAGGCCGUGAAGUUUAGAAACGGGGGAAGAUUGAUUCGAGGUGACCGAAUAACUUGCUACGGGGAGCAAGUCGAGUACGUCAACAACUUCAAAUAUCUUGGAUUGGUGUUAUCCUCGCGAGGCAACUGUUUCGGAACACACAUUGCGGAACGCGUUAGAGCUAGUUUGGCUGCAGCGUCUUUCAUUCGUCAUCCGCAACGUUUAUCG